AUGGUUGUGAAAUGCGAGAGCCGUGUUUCUGGCAAAGUGAUGGUUGUCAAGAGAAUCAAGAAGAUGCCUUCAGUAUCAGGAGACGCCUCAGAUGAAGAUGAGGCCGGUGCCGAUCAAGGCUUCCCUGUCCGUUAUCUUCGAGAGGCCUGUCUUCUCAGGGCCUGCAAUCACCCCAAUGUGAUGAAGCUUGAAUUCGUGACAUAUCAUGAAGGCCAGAUCGAGCUCUUUUCUGAGUUUGUCGGAUUGAACGUAGAAGACUACAUUUCGAGUCUUUCAGACGAAUACUUCACCCGAAACAAGCAGAAGCAUGAAUGGGUACUUCAGCUGGGCCGAUAUUUUAUGAAACAGGUUCUGAAGGGCAUUGAUUACUGUCAUUCCAUCGGAAUUUUAUUACGAGACGUGAAACCUAGGAAUUUUCUGAUUUCUUCCGAUGGAACACUGAAGCUGACAGGGUUCGUUCUGGCUCGCUUUUCUCUUCUUCCUGAGGAACCUCUUACACAACAAGUUGUGACGCUCUCUUACAGAGCACCGGAAAUCAUCCUGGGUGGAACCUAUCCUGUCUACACGGCACCUGUCGAUAUAUGGUCAGCAGGUUGUACUUUUGCCGAGAUGAUCACCGGCCGGACACUCUUCGAAGGAGACAGCGAGAUCGGGCAGCUUCUCAAGAUCUUCAAGCUACUGGGCACACCUUCAGAUUGCAACAAGUCAUUCUGCUUUGAAGUCCCUUCAUAUAUUGAGCUUCUUCCUCAGUGGCAGCCUCAGAGUCUGAGUGAAAGGCUGGAGGGCUUGUGUGACGAAGGGGUUGAUCUCUUAUCGCGUAUGCUCUUGUACCAUCCUUGUAGCAGGAUUACAGCAAGGGAUGCUCUGAAGCACCCUUACUUUCAAGGGGAUCAUUCAUUGAUGAAGACAUAA